AUGAACAUGUUGGACGCAGAUGAUGACAGCAUUCACAUCACACGUGAAGGCUACUGCCACCUGAUUGACUCAGAAUGGGAGGAAGUCGGCCGCAUGAGUGUGCUCGUAGACGAACCCGCCAUCAGUGGUAAGUUUGAGUCUCCAAGCAGAGACCAGCAACAAGCUGCUACCUAUAAGUUCCUACAAGAGGGACUUGUCGGCGAAAGACAGAAGAUAGCCUUGCUACAACAGCAAGGCUCUCAUCAGUCGAUGGGUGGGCCGACGCACAUGCGUCGACCCGAAACCUAG